AUGAAUGCAAAAGAUUUUCAACAAUUGAAAUCAAAUCGUGGUGGUCUUAUUUCGAUGAACACAUUUAUGUCUACAACUAAAGAUAAAGAAUUAGCUACCACAUAUGCUGGUUUUGGUGAGGAACGACCGGCAUGCGAGUCAUGCCUAUUUGAGAUAGAAAUCAAUCCAUUAAUGGAUAUAAAUAGAAUCGUAUUUGCCAAUAUUAAAGAUCAAUCUAAUUUUCAAGAGGAAGCUGAAAUAUUGUUUUCAAUGGGAAUGAUAUUUCGUAUUCAAUCAAUUGAAGAAAAGAACGGACUUUGACGUCGACAACGUCGUAAUAAUCGAUUUGCUGUAUUAGCUGACGAAAAUGAUAAUGUAUCUGAUGUGGAAGUAGAAGUUAAAGAUGAAUCGAUACCGUUAAAUAUUAAUAAGAAACAAACAAAAGAUAAAAACAACAAGAAGAAGAUCCACCAUUCAAGAAGUUCAAAAAAUGCUAUAAGUGGUCGUGGUAAUCAAGCAUAUGUAUUAGCUUCAACCUCAAUUUAUGAUGAAUGGGUUCGAAAUAAUUAUGAAUUACAAGUUUGGCAAAAUUAUUUAAAACUGGGUACUGAACAAAAACAUUGGGCUAAAGAAGUCACUCGACGUACAAAAAGACGUGAUGAUGUCAUCAAUACUCGAUUUGUUCAAAAGAAAAUCAAUCGAUUAACAACUGCUAUUGCUGAAGCAUGUGCUACUAUUUCAGAAUUACAAAUUCAAUUAUCUACUUAUUGGAUGCAAACUAAUCCCUGUUGCAAAAGGGUUAUUUCUGAAACUACAAAUCAAAGAUUAGCUCAAACAACAGCUAAUAUAGUAGCUAAACAAUUAUCAGUCGAUAGAGCACGUCAAAAAACUGUUGCAGGAACUGUAGAAACAGAUACAGACGAUGAAUUAGGUACAGGAACUACAGGAGCUGCUCCAGUGACUACUGUUAAAAAUUAUGUACGCGAACCCGUUGAACGUAUUGAAAAAUAUAUAUUAGAAUGUAUUCAUUUUUGUACGCAACAUGUUAAAAAGAUGGCUCAAAGUCGAAUACAAUUAGCUAAAGCUCAAAUGGAAGAAUAUAAAGCUUUAGAAGAUUUCGAACAAAUAGCGACUCCAGCCCAAUGGAAUACUCAUUUCUUGCUGAAACCUAAAAUGAAGCUAUGGUCAACUAAAAAUAAAAAUGAUCAAACACUAUCAAAACGUGUGGAAUUAGAUAUGCCUCCAAAAAUUAUUGAUAAAGUUGAUUUUUCUUUUAAAAUUGAUGAAUCAAUUAUAAGUCAAGAUGAAGCACAAGCCAUGUAUAAUCAAAUGCGUCAAAUUACAAAAGAUUUCCGUAUUCAAGCAAUGAAAUUAUAUGUUCAAUCAGCUGCUCGAGAAAAUGAAAUCUUAUCGAAUGAAAUCAAAGGAUUUCUUACUCCAGCAAUAAUUAAUGAAGCCAAUAUUCAAUUAACUGAAGAAGAACAUCAAUUAUUAAAAUUGGGACCUAAAUUUAUAUUUAAUGAUCCAAAAACAGCAGCUCGACGACGUAUAACUGAGUUGGCUACUUUGAAACGAAAAAUAGAAAAAUGUUUUCUGCGUAAAAAAGUUAGCCCCGGUCGUCCUCUUCAACAAUUUAUGGCUGAAUUAGAUGUUCUUCUUCAAACAUUACAUAAUGUUCCAACAAUAGACAAAAUUAUAAAUAAAGAUAAAUUAUUUGGUAUUGAAAUGAAUCAAAAUAAAAGUAUUGUUGAAUUAAUAAAUAGUCAAGCUAGUCAAUCGAAAAUUGUUACGACAGCUAAAGUAAAAUUAAAACAUAAAUUUAAAUUGGCUAAUGUUAUAGUACAAAAAUCAGAUAAAUCAAAAGUAUUCCAUUCAGGUAAAAUUGAAGAUUAUCGUAAGAAAUCCAAGGAAUAUAUGGAAAAGGCUCAAGCAUAUAAAUGUCUUGGAAAAGAAGAUCCAUUACCUGGAUUAAUUCAAAGAACAAAUAAAUAUUUGUUAGACUUACGAUUAGCUAAAUGGAUUACUCAAAAACAUUACGAAUUAUUAAGUAUUAAAUCAAAUGAAGUUGAAUUAGCUCAUUUAUAUUAUUUACCAAAAGCUCAUAAGCCUGGUACUCCUCUACGCCCAAUUAUAAGUGGUCUGAAGCAUCCUACAAGUAAAAUUUCAAAAUUUCUUGAUGAUUUAUUAAGGCCAUUAUUUGACAAAAUGGCCCAAGAAACAACAGUUUCUUCUGGCUUUGAACUGGUAAAGAAAUUGCAAGAGUGGUCAAUUUUGAAUAUGAAUCAAAAUACUAUAUUUUGCACCAUUGAUAUAGUAGAUUUAUAUACAAUGAUCCCACAAGUAGAAGGAGUACUGUUGUUAAAGAAAAUGUUAGAUUAUUUGAAAAUGAAAAAAGUUGGUGGCUUAAAAAUUGAAACUAUUAUUAGAUUAAGUCGAUUUGUGAUGCAAAAUAAUUAUUUUUCUUAUGAUGGCCAAUUUUAUCACCAGAUUAGAGGGGGAGCUAUGGGAUCGCCAUUAACUUUUACUAUGGCAAAUUGUUAUAUGUUUUUCUUUGAACGACAAAUAGCCAAACAAAUUAAAAAUAGCGGUGGACUCUAUUUUCGUUAUAUUGAUGAUUUAUUUAUAGUAAUUAAUUGGCCUGUUCGACAUUUAUUAAAACAAAUCGACAAAUGGAAGAAUUUUGAUGAAAAUAUUAAAUUAAAUCCAAAUAUUGGCUCAUUUGCGACUUUUCUUGAUUUAUAUAUGGAAAAUCGUGAUGGUGUAUUAUUUACUAUUGUUUAUCAAAAGCCGUCUUAUGAGCCGUAUUAUUUGCCAUUCAAUAGUAUUCAUCCAAUACACAUGAAAAAGAAUAUACCUUUUACGAUGUUACUUCGAGUAAUUGGGUAUUGUUCUACGUUUCAAACAUAUUUGGAUGAGCGUGAAAAAUUACGUAUGGCUUUAUUACUUAACAAGUACCCGAAUAAAUUAAUUGAACAACAGUUUAGUAAUGUUCUUUUAAAAUGUAAUAUUGACCAACCAUUAACAAAUUCCAGUUAUAGCAAAUGUCGUUAA